CGCGGGGGCUGCUGGGGCGUGGAAGUCGGGGACGCGCAGGGAUGCGCGCAGCUGGGAGGACGCGCCCGUCUGGUCGCGCGCCUUGGAACCCGGACUCUUUGAGUGGAAACCGAAGACGCACGAGGGAGGAACGCGUGGAGCAUGAAGAGGCAGGGGGCCUCCUCCGAGCGGAAGCGGGCGCGGAUACCAUCCGGGAAGGCGGGAGCAGCAAAUGGGUUUCUCAUGGAAGUGUGUGUUGAUUCAGUGGAAUCAGCUGUAAAUGCAGAAAGAGGAGGUGCCGGUCGCAUAGAGUUAUGUUCUGGCUUGUUGGAAGGAGGAACCACACCCAGCAUGGGUGUCCUUCAAGUAGUGAAGCAGUAUGUCCAGAUCCCAGUUUUUGUGAUGAUUCGGCCACGUGGAGGUGAUUUUUUAUAUUCAGAUCGUGAAGUUGAGGUGAUGAAGGCUGACAUUCGUCUUGCCAAGCUUUAUGGUGCUGAUGGUUUGGUAUUUGGGGCAUUGACUGAAGAUGGACACAUUGACAAAGAACUGUGCAUGUCCCUUGUGGCUCUUUGCCGUCCUCUGCCAGUCACUUUCCACCGAGCCUUUGACAUGGUUCAUGAUCCAGUGGCAGCUCUAGAGACCCUCUUAACUUUGGGAUUUGAACGAGUAUUAACCAGUGGAUGUGACAGUUCAGCCCUAGAAGGACUACCCCUAAUAAAGCGACUCAUAGAUCAGGCCAAAGGCAGGAUUGUGGUAAUGCCAGGGGGUGGCAUAACAGAUAGAAAUCUGCAAAGGAUCCUUGAGGGUUCAGGUGCUACAGAAUUCCACUGUUCUGCUCGGUCGGCCAGAGAUUCAGGAAUGAAGUUUCGAAAUUCCUCUGUUGCUAUGGGAGCCUCUCUUUCUAACUCAGAAUAUUCUCUAAAGGUUACAGAUGUGACCCAAGUAAGGACUUUGAAUGCUAUUGCAAAGAAUAUUCUCGUUUAGCCAGACCUCUCUGAGAGACAUGGAUAUCACCAGACAAAGAUAGAAGAAUAGCCUACAGUUCUCUAUGACAGCUUUAACCUUCUCUGGCCAGGACAAUCUGUCUUUAUUUUGAGUCUUAUAUUACCAUGGAGAAUGUUUCCAAGAAGAAAAAGAACUUGAAACCGAGUACAGUCAUUUUCUUUGCUUAAUCUUGUCAGCCAUCUCCAUCAUCAUGUUUAAAUCUGGCCUACACUUUGUCUGCAGACAGAGGUUUUAAGUCUGUUUUCGGUGGAAUUAAUUUUUGAACUGGGAAAGUUCAGCUGCAAAGUAUGAACUCAAAUGAGACUUCAUGGUCAACUCAAUAGCCUUGCCUUGUCAUUGUAAAAUAAAAAUUACCCUUCUAUUAUGGUAGCAUCUCUUAUUCAUACCCUGAAUGCAAUCUGUAGCCAAGUAUUAGAGGGAAGAUUUUUUGUUGUUUUUUAAAUUUUAUUUUCUCUUUUUAUUAUGUACUUUUUGGAUGUUUUACCCUGGGCAAGAUGCAAAGGAUAUAAUGUAAAUGGUAUAGUAUAAAAAUUUUCAGCCUUGGGAAGUAGGAUGUAAAAGUUCCUAGACUUAUAAAGGCCAGAAGUGAUGUUGUUGUUCAUCAGGUUACUUCUGUCUCUGUCACCAGAAAGAGAAAUGGCUUAACCAUAAGGUUCAUCUGACAAUUUAGAAAGACCUGUAGUGAGAAUUGGGGAGGUUAGGGAGGUUAUCAGAACAACAGUUUCUUUCAGCAGAGGCCGUAGAUAUGGAUUCUAGUGAUGAAAGAUGUUUUUCCUAUGAGCAGGUCUCAAAUGGUGAAAUUCAUCACUAGCUUUUUUCUGUGACUUUCAUAUUAUAACCUCAUUCUACACAACACCCCUCUGGUAAUAGAAUUGAUGUUUCUCUAUUAGGAGAUUAAACUGAAUCAUAAUGUAGAGAACUUGGCCUUGGUCAUGAAGCUAGUUAAUGGAGCCUCUAUAAAUAGCAUGCACAGAUUUGGGUACUAAUGACUAUAUACUGAAAACUUUGCCUUUUUAUUAAUGUGUCGUUUCCCUUACUUUUAAAUCUUAACUUCUUUCCUCACUUUUUCAGAUACCAUUUCAACAUAGAAUAUUUGCCAAGGAAUUUAUGAGAAAUGAAAGACAAACUAUUAAAAACUAAUAGUAACCUCAGUGUUUUCCAUUAGUAGUGAUUUCUGUUAACAGUUUUAAUAUUGGCUUUGGAGUAUAGAUACAGAUACGUAAGUUAUCACAUACACAUGCACACAUAGUCAUGUUUAGUAUUUUGGCCUAAUCCUCUGCCAUGCUUGGAUUUCACUCUAUGAUCCUUCAGAGAUAAGAGCAGGGUAUGUUAUCAUCUCUAUUUUAUUUAAACAGAGUAACUAGGCUUAUGAGCGGCUAUGAAUUGCUCAAAAUUUAAUAACAAAUUAAUGUUAUUUAUGAGACUUAAAUGCUAGACUAUUAACCUCCAAGUCUUCUGCUUUAGGAUGCUUCUAGAAUGUGGAUGUAGCACAGAAAGCUGUACUCCUGGACAAAUCAGACACACUGGAAAUCAUAUCCUGGCUUCCAAUUUAAGUUAACUUAAUUUUUUGAACUGUAAUUCCUUUAUUUUUUUUUUUUAAUUCCUUUAUUUGUAAAUCAGGAAUAAUAUUACGGUUUCUAAUUUAAGAAUAUAUUAAAACACCAAGUACA